GCAGAGCGGGCAGGGGAGGAGCCGUGCGGGGCCGGAGCGGCGGAGCACGGGCAGGGACGGCACUGCCCCGAGCGCGGCGGGCGAGGACGGCGGUGGCCACCGGGGCCACGCGUGGGGCAACCUCGCCGAGCCCACCGGCCUCUCCCCGCGCCAGGAUGAAGCGGCUCUGCGAGGAGAGCUCGUCCGACACCGAGUCUGACGGCACCAUCGACGUGGGCCGGGAGGAGGAGUACAGCCACGUUUCCAGGUCUGUGUCUCCCACUACGACAUCUCAGAUCCAAGCCAGGAAGAAGAGGAGAGGGAUCAUCGAGAAGCGGCGCCGUGACCGAAUCAACAGCAGCCUCUCGGAGCUGCGGCGCCUGGUGCCAACAGCCUUUGAGAAGCAGGGGUCUUCCAAGCUGGAGAAGGCAGAAAUUCUGCAAAUGACAGUGGAUCACUUAAAAAUGCUCCACGCCACAGGAGGAGCAGGCUUCCUGGACGCCCGGGCGCUGGCCGUGGAUUACAGGAGCAUCGGCUUCCGCGAGUGUCUCACCGAGGUUGUCAGGUACCUGGGCAUCCUCGAGGGUCAAAACGCCGCCGACCCCAUCCGCCUGCGACUCCUCUCCCACCUCAAUAAUUACGUGGCGGAAAUGGAGCCCUCGCCCGUGGCCACGUCCCUGCUGCCCAUCCAGACGUGGCCGUGGUCCUUCCUGCACGGCUCCGCGGGCCCGGUGCAGAUCCCCAGGAGGGAGGCAGCUCCCGCUCCGCUUGUUUUGACUGCAUCAUCCCUGGCUUAUCCGAGCCCUGCGGUGAGGCCGGCCCCGCUCCGCCGUGUCCCCGGGGAGAUGCUGCCGUCCCGCCGGAGCUUUCUGGCCGGCAGGAUGGGCUCCUCCAGCCGGAGAGCCAGAGGUGCCGGUUCAUCCGCGGCCGUGCCGGCCGUGCCCAGGAUGCCGUCGCCGGCGGGAGCGCUGAGAGAGGGCUCGUCUAAGAGCAGCCAAAUCGCCACRUUCCUGUUCUCCCCGGCCUCUGCCGGCAUCCCGGUGCCGCCGGCUUACGCGGCGCCUCCCGUCUUGGGCGCAGCCGCGCAGGGACCCGGGAUCAGGGUUGGGACAUCCAGGAUCUGCCGCUCGUGGGCGACUGAAAUCGGGGCUUUCUGACRCUGCCUUCCCCUCCGGAGACAGGAGUCCUUCAGCACUCAUCGCCCACAGGGCUGAGAACGAACUCGGUUGAAAAGGCAUCUUUCCUGCUUUGCAGAAGCCAAGGAUCCAUAGAGAAAAUUCUCUCUGCUCUUCCCUCUCUCCUCGCAGCGYCCUCCUCGCCUCGCCAUCACACGUCCUCUCCCUCGUGACGCCUGCAAAUGUAAAUCACAUCCGAUUCUGUGCCCUUGUCUGGACGAGGCCGUGCUCCAGACCCUUCUGGCUACGAGGGAGGGGGCACACGCAGAUCCCAACCCCAGCAAGCCCCUCAGCAGAACCCAGCACUGCUCUCCUUUGGAAAACAGCCAGCCUUGAAAUACUGUCUUAUUUCCCCUGGGACCCGGAGCUGCCAGCCAGACUUGCUUGUGCUGAUUCCUUGCGAUGUGUCCCCCAAGCUGCAGCAYCUAAUUUUGGUGUGGUGGGAUGGACACAGCUCACAGCCCGUGCCCAGCGCUGCUGGCACCCACCAGGCAGCCUCCAGCACCCCCAGCUCCCGAASAGAACUGGCUGCCUGCUAAUCCCUGGGCUUUCCUCUCCGCAUUACCAGCUUUUCCCACUUACRUGCCCUUAAGGUGGAGUGAGGCAGCGGCUUAACAGGGCUGGUUCCCACAGCCCGGCUGAAAUCCCGYCGUGGCUGCAGGGGCUGUGCUGGGUUCCAGGCACAAACCCCGCCGGAGCAGCCGCCCGGGCGCAGCCCUUGCCCCGCGCCGAGGUGUGAAGAGGUGACACUGAGGAUUUCAAAGGGAUGCCUGUCACGGAGGGGAAGGUUCUGGCGGCCAAAGUGAGAAGAAAAUGCCUUUYCCUCUGCCAGUCUCCCAGCUGGAGCCGUCUCUCCUCCACCCCCUGCUGAACAGCCGUGACUGAGAAGGGGGAAAAUGUGCUGGAGCAGCCUGAAUUUGAAGUGCCUCCCUCGUUCUCCCAGAGCCCUCUCCUCCCACAAUGUCUCUGUUUUCUUUCUCCAGCACCACGUUUGGGUCUCACACCUCUCAUCCCUCUCCCUGGGCCGGGACCAAAACCCACUGAGGUGUCACUGCACUUGUCCUGAGUCCUGAGAGCUUUCCCUGCCUCGCCCUGUGUGCCCCUAGAUGACUGACACAGCAGAUCACACCUCUGCUCCUCCAGCUGGCCUCCCCUCCUCUUUUUUUGGGCACAAAGAACAGAAACUUGAAGCUUUCAAGCUACCCCGCUCCUGUGCCACAUCCYAUGGUGGCAGGAGAGGGUCUCCCAGUGCUCCCCCUCCCCUGAGCAGCCCCUGCUCCCUGCAUUUGUGCCUUGUCUUGCUGGGCUACACCUUCAGAAUAUCCCAGCUGCAUGCCCACCCCUUACCCCCUCUCCGCAGCACUGUGACAAGGAAAGAGAGAAAAGGUCAGUGCAAAGAAAGGUGAAAAAGAGGGAGAAGAUCUCUUUUGAAUGGGAGAGACUCUUCCCAUGCCUCAGGUCAGAGGUGCAGCCGGUUGGGCUGUGUGGAUGAGCUCUUGUUUUCCUCUCUGCAGAUGGUAUCUGCCGUGUGCAUGUCAAUGUGUGAAUCUGCCAUUGUUUGGGAAGCCGAGCCGCUCCCAGUUGUUUUGAUGGAAGUCAUCUGCACUUAACACACAGAAAUGUCUCUGCUGCUUCUCACCCUUGUCCCCAAGUGCCAGAAUCAGCCAGGAACAGCAAAUUCCCUUUGAAUAAAGCCACGGGAGGGAGAUCCUGGUGGGCCCUGGCUGUUCCUGCAGCUGAUUUCUGCUCACAGCCUCACUUCACACUGUGCAGUGCUCUUAGAUUCACGAGCUGUGGCAUCAGCAAAGGUGUCAAAUAAAGUCUUUCAAACCCYU